AUGCGGUUUUUCUCUUACCUUGGCUCUUUCAUCGCGACAGGAGCUGCUCUCAGCUCCGCUGCAAGCCCCUCCUGCUCUCCAUCUUCCGGAGACACCCAAGUUCUCCAAUUCGCCUGGGCCAUCUCGGAAUUUGUCGGCCAGUUCUACGCCUCGAUUCCAAUCAACCAGACCUUCGCCGGUGGCCUGCAAAACAGCACGAGCGCCAAAGUCGCUCUGGCAAAUCUAAAAGGCAUCGAAAAGAAGAGCAACCUGACCAUUCAAGCCAUCAAGCAAGUCAGCUGGAAAGCGCCGAACUUCAAGAAGCCGUCGUGCAAAUACACAAUCCCCAAGGCCAACAGCGUCCUCUCGUUUGCCCGGUACGCGUAUCAGUUCGAGACCACGCUGAGCGGCGCAUACAUUGGUCUCGCUGGCUACACCCAGUCUCCCGAGGUGUCGUUCCUCCUGGCCCGUCUGGCGGCUGAGCACAGCGCUCAUGCUACGUGGAUUGGAAACCGCGUCAACUCUACCUUGUUCCCGACCAAUAGCAGUUCGCUUUUCCCGGCAUACUUGCCUACUCAAGUGCUCAAGUCCAAGAACGAGACUGGUAGCCUUGGUCGGUAUCUGCACGGCUGCGUUACUGCGCCUUCAAGCCCGUGUGGAUCGCUCAAGAUCGGGCCCCUGGAUGCCAAUACGACAACCUCGUCUGCAUCUGCAAGCUCUAGCACUGCGAAGGCUUCUAGACGGCGACUCUAUUGA